UUGCCAUCGAUGGGUGGCUGGCAAGUGGGGUGUUUUUACUGUUUCGAUUUUUGGAAGAGCUGUUGUGCUGUGAGCAGGCAGAACGCAUUUAGGAGAGUGGUGUAGUGUUUGGCAAAACAUUUUGGACCGUACUAGGGAAUCUACUUGGACACGUCGUCGUCUGAAGAAAGUGAGUGGUUUUGGAUAGAAAAAACAAUCCUUAUUACGGGUCCUCCUAGCAAUCUUGGAGGAAGUCUACCGAGUGGAAAGUUGGAAAUAAUUGGAUUGCAGAAACAAAUUUUGAAACAUCAGCAUAAAAACUUCACUCGCUUGUGGCAAAAUGGACGAAACAGUAAUGUUGAUACUGUUGGUAGUAGUAAUGUUGGUCGGAUCCUACGUAGCCGGAAACAUCCCACUGGUCGUGAACCUGUCCGAGGAGAAAUUGAAAAAUGUUUCUAUUUUCGGAGCAGGCCUGCUAGUUGGAACAGCUCUGACGGUAAUCAUUCCCGAGGGUAUUCGUUCCUUGUACGACGAAAGUAAACUGGAAGCAAAGGUGUCGGAAACUUCGGGGCCUCCUGGCCAUAAACACAGCGCUGAUGAGCAUUCAUCAACGAUAGGGCUAUCGCUGGUGUUGGGAUUUGUUUUUAUGAUGUUGGUCGAUCAGGUGUCUUCCCGCCGAAAGGAAGGUACCAAUGAACGCAAUUUGACGGCUACCAUUGGAUUGGUGGUCCAUGCCGCUGCCGAUGGUGUAGCUCUUGGUGCUGCAGCCACCACGAGUCAUUCCGAUGUAGAGAUUAUAGUAUUCUUAGCCAUCAUGUUACACAAAGCUCCAGCAGCGUUUGGUUUAGUUAGCUUCCUUUUGCACGAAGGAAUUGAAAGGCAAAGGAUCAGGAAGCAUCUGCUCAUAUUUUCCCUCUCGGCACCACUUUUGACCUUGCUAACGUACUUUGGAAUUGGCAGCGAACAGAAAGAAACCUUAGAAUCCCUAAAUGCUACCGGUAUUGCGAUGCUUUUCUCAGCUGGAACAUUCCUUUACGUGGCCACGGUACACGUCUUACCGGAACUAACUCACAGUAACGCGGGUCAUGUGGGGCAUCGAGGUCAUCAUGACUACAACCUUCUUGAGCAACAAGCCAAACCAAUGGUUUCUCACGGCGGAAGCAGCUUGAAAAACACAGAGCUAUGUCUGCUUGUAUUAGGUGCCCUUGCGCCACUUUUCCUCACCAUUGGCCAUCAUCAUUAGUUUGAAUCAUCGAGAUUCAGCAUCAGAAUCAUACCGACUAUUGCCAAAUUUCUUCACCCGGUUGAAACUGGUCGAGAUUAAUGGAUAAAUGUUGAACCACCAGAAGGAUACCCAAGAAACGAUUUGCUUGCCAAUCGUACAAAAAAAUACAAAAUCUUAUAACAUUCUAGGUUCCAUAGCAAAGUAAUCAUCUACCCAACUUAGCUACCAUGCUUUUAAACGGAACCGGAUUUAUCAGCAGUGGUUUUUCUACCGUGUGUCGUCGUCUACUUAGAACAAAAAAAAAUAUGAGAAAGCAAACCCGUGCUGUAUCUAUAUUGAAACAGCAAGAGAUAACGAUACAAACUAUUCCAAACAAUAACGAGCCGGAACGCAAUUGCAUCCCUGCUGAAGCUAGCCAAGGGAAGUUUGACUGACAGUACGGCACCACGAGAUCGCAGCGACUCAUAGUUGUAGGAUCAAGAUUCGUUUUUUUUUCGUUCUUUUAAUAUAGCUUAUCAAUAAUGAGAGAGAGCGAAGGUGUGCGGGAGAUUUGCGCGAAAGGCCGUUCGAAAGCGUGAAGCGUGUGGUUAAUGUGAGCUAUUAAAUGUUAGAGAUGAGUUUUGUGUAUCUUAAAGUUAAAAGCUACGGUUAAGCUGAGAAAACAGAAGAAGACGAAUGGGGAUUAGCCAUUCCUUUAGAUAUUUGUUGUCUAGUGCACACUUGCCACUCCGGAAAAGUGUGUUACGGGGUUGCACACAGUUUUUGGAUAAAAAUAAAUUAAUGUAACUAAUCAAAACCAAGAACCGUUGUUUUUUCAGAUGAAGCUGGCUGAAAUUGAUAAAAACAUGACACACAAAAAGGAUCAUGUAUAUUGGAUAAAUAACUUUUUAUAACUUACUUUAUUUUAUAAAUUUGAAAUUUAGCUCAUAUUUUAAAAUCAACGAAAACUCGGUAUCAUCAACACAUUUUUAAAAGUGGAAAAGAACGUUAACAUUUUCUUUUAUCGACUGAUUGUUAAAUACGUUGUCAUAAACAAGUUAUCAUUUGAAAGAAAUACAAUGAAAUAUAAAUUUGAA